AUGGCAUUUGUCCUUUGGAGAUCAGCAGCAGCAGUACUUAGUCUCUGCCUUCUGCAUUUCUGCCACUCAGAGAAAGCGCCAAAUUAUAGCUUUGUGAAGAGUGCCGAGCAUGCUCCACCGAUAUCAUACUAUGACUACAUCAUCGUUGGCGGCGGGACGGCGGGCUGUCCUCUGGCCGCCACCCUCUCCCAAAAGUUCAAGGUUUUGCUUCUAGAGAGAGGCGGCUCCCCCUAUGGCAACAAGAACAUAACCAACUUGGCCUACUUCGCCAACACCCUUGCCGAUGACUCCCCUACGUCGGCCUCGCAGCGCUUCGUGUCAGAGGAUGGAGUCAUCAACGCACGGGCUCGUGUGCUUGGUGGUGGGAGCUGCCUCAAUGCGGGGUUCUACACACGAGCCAGCCCGCAGUACGUGCGGAAGGCUGGUUGGGAUUGGAGACUGGUGAAUGAGUCCUACAGAUGGGUAGAGAAGAUUGUGGUAUUCGAACCACCUGUGCUUCAAUGGCAGUCAGCUUUGAGGGACGGGCUUCUGGAGGUCGGCCUGACGCCAUUCAAUGGAUACAGUUUUGAUCACAUAUAUGGGACUAAAGUUGGGGGAACCAUAUUCGAUAUGGAUGGGCACAGGCACACUGCUGCCGAUUUGCUCGAGUAUACGAACCCGGGUGGGCUUACAGUGCUCUUGCAUGCCAGAGUGGGAAAGAUCAUGUUCAGGCACAACGGAAAACAAAGGCCAGUAGCCCAUGGAGUGGUGUUCAGAGACCCGGCGGGAACCAAGCACAAAGCCUACCUGAAGAAGGGAACCAAGAACGAGAUCAUACUCUCAGCAGGAGCCAUUGGGAGUCCUCAGCUGCUGAUGCUGAGUGGCAUCGGCCCGAGGAGCCACCUCGAGUCGCUGGGCAUCAGGGUGUUAGUGGACCAGCCAAACGUCGGGCGGGGCAUGGCAGACAACCCCAUGAACGCCAUCUUCGUCCCUUCCCCGGAGCCGGUCGAGGUUUCUCUCAUUCAGGUCGUCGGUAUCACAAAGUUCGGGAGCUUCGUCGAGGGGGCCAGUGGGUCCAAUUUUGCCUCUCCCACCUCCGGCGAGCCUACGAGCAGAAACUUUGGCAUGUUCUCUCCUCAGACUGGUCAACUAUCCACGGUUCCACCCAAGCAAAGAACUCCUGAAGCCAUUGCAAGAGCAGUCCAUGCCAUGAACAAUAUUGAGGAAUCUUUUUUCAGAGGUGGAUUCAUCCUUGAAAAGGUUGCUGGCCCCCUCUCUAGGGGUCAUCUUGAGCUUCGCAACAGGAAUCCAGACGACAACCCAUCGGUCACCUUCAACUACUUCAAGGAUCCCUUGGACCUCCAAAGAUGCAUCAAAGGCAUCGAGACCAUCGAGAAAGUGGUGCAGUCCAAGGCAUUCUCUAGGUUCAGGUAUCCUUACAUAUCGAUAGAAGCGUUGCUCAAUAUGACGGCGAACUUUCCGACGAACAUGAUUCCAAGGCAUGACAACGAUUCCAAGUCCUUGGCACAGUACUGCAAGGACACCGUGAUGACCAUUUGGCACUACCAUGGGGGUUGCCAGGUUGAACGAGUCGUCGAUUAUGAUUACAAAGUUCUUGGUGUCGAUGCACUUCGAGUCAUCGAUGGAUCCACGUUUAAUUCCUCACCUGGAACCAAUCCACAGGCAACAGUCAUGAUGCUGGGAAGGUAUAUGGGAAUCAGAAUCCAAAAUGAAAGGUUGGGAACGCAUGAAGCGGAGAGCAAAGCCUGA